ACACCGAUAAGCAGCAAACAAGGAACAACUACAGGACUACAUACAUUUGUAAAUAGUUAUCUUCAAAUUCAGUAAAACUGGGAUACACAAAAAUCAUGAAAAGCCAAUUAAUAGGAUUUCUUAUGAACUUUUGGAUUUCUUUCUCACCUGCUUUGUAUUUUCAUAGUGGAGAAAGAGAAGAGAAAUGUAUAAUUGAGGACGUUCCCAGUGACACCUUGGUAAUUGGGAAUUACAGAGUACAACAGUGGGAUAUACGUGAGCAAAACUUUCUUGAGUCUGCUCCUGGUUUGGGAAUGUUUGUGACUGUCACAACUCCUUCUGCUGAGGUACUAUUGAGAAAGCUGUAUGGGCCACAAGCAACAUUUUCUUUUACAUCCUAUAUAUCUGGGGAGCAUGUUAUCUGUUUACAGUCUAACUCCACAAGGCUUGUGGCAUUUGGAGGAAGUAAACUGCGUAUCCAUUUGGACAUUAGAGUUGGAGAACAUUUUCUGGAUGAAGCUGUCGCUCAAGCCAAGGACAAAGUGAAUGAAGUUAACUUUAGACUGGGACAUCUGAUUGAGCAAAUUCAUCACAUAUCCAAAGAACAAAAUUAUGAAAGAGAACGCGAAGAGAGCUUUCGGAAGACAAGUGAACAAACCAACAGCAAUAUUUUGUGGUGGGCUAUUGUACAAACAUUAAUCCUUAUCUCCAUUGGACUCUGGCAAAUCAAAUCUCUCAAAGAUUUCUUUAUAGCUAAGAAGCUUGUUUAAGUGUUAUAAAGUAAAUGCACAGAUUCAAAAAUUGUAUACCAUGUAAUGCCUUACAUUUGAAUUAAUAAGAAUUUAAUUAUAAGUACAUAGAUUAUUUAGAUAUUGUUUUAGAUAUUGAUCUUUGAAUUAGGAAAAUAACCUCUGGAAUGAAAAACACUCAGAAAAAAUCUAGCGUGCAAGCAAACUCUCUAUCUGUAAGAAAACUGAUUUCAUAGAACUCUCAUGCUUUUCAUCUUCUACCCCUGCUUUUAUUCUAACUCUGCCUUCCCCACCAGUAUGGUAGCAUCUGGCUCCCUCUUACAUUUUAUUCACUGAAUCCCACCUUUUAUCCCCUGCUUUUCCUCCACAGAUGUAAAGUUAAAUCUAGAAGAAAGACUCAAUGAUUAAGGCAGGAUUUAAGUUCAACUGAGGAUUGUUAUAUCUAACAUCGAAAUCUAAAAAUAAUUCCUAUGUUUUAAAGUUCUCUACUCACUUAGACAUCUGCUUCUGUACUAGCACGAACAGCUUAGCACUUCGCCUGAUCAGGUUUCUGAUGCCAGGCAGAGAAACACCUAUACCCCUUGUGGAGCUUAAUUUAAGAGUGUCUUGAUACUCUUCUGUGUGUGUAACACCUAGCUUUUCAUCAAAUAUAAUUGUGACUGUUUUCUUCUAAAAUAUUCCAAGUUCUGGAUGGCAGUGGAGCCCACCCUUGGUUAUAUUAUGGUUACGUUAUGAUCAGUGGUUGUAACAAUUACUGUGGAAGAGAGAGAGACCUGGAUGAACAAUUACUUUCUGCUUGCAGAUGAGCCCUAACCACUGGGCUACAGAGUGGAGAUCUGCCCUUUCCCACAGUUAUUUAUGUAAAUUAUAGUCUUUAUGAAGUAAACCAAAGUAGACUAAAUCAUAAGUUUAUUUUUAAACAUGAAUCUGUGCAUAUAUUUUAAAUUAUUCCUACACUAAAUUCUUCAGUCUGUUUCUGUGUUGAAGAAUUAUUUGUAUUUUAAUUAUUUAGUUACUGUAGCACUCAGUGUCUAAGGAAGUUAUUAGUUUAUGACUUAAUUAUAUAUUUCCCUUUCACUUAUUGCAGCUUCGAUGGAUAUACCUGAUUUGCUUUAAUUUAGCUAAUGUACAACUAGCAGAGUAGCUGCAGCAUCAUGCAAGUACAAAUCCUAUGCCAGAACUGUUAAAAAUUCAGAUAAUGAGCUUGUCUGAGCAGCAGUAGUGUAAGAAGGUUUGUAAUUUAAGAUAAAUCUGACUUUGUUGGAAGUGGCUAUAAGAUGACCCAUUGCACCACUUGGUUAGCAUGUAAAAGGACAUUCUCAGAAAAGCUCUUCUAGCGAGUGCUGUGAUGUGACAGCAGAACAUCACAGUUUGGCUUCCUGCUUGUCUUUCCAGACCCUUUGCCAGUCUAAAAGGCAGUGGAAGCUGAGAUAUUUAUGGACCAAUUAUUGUUUUAAAGGUGAUGCUUUCCUUCUUUUUUUCUAUCCUCUCAUCUUUUGUUUUCAUUAGCAAAGAAGUGACCUUGCCCGAUAAGUUCAUUUACUUUUACAGUAUGGAAAUGAAAAUACAUCUGUGAUUAGGUGAGAAUCCAUAAAGGAGAUAUGAAGUGCAGACAAAAAGUAAUAUUCUGCAGGCUAAAACAAUCAGAAUAAAAUCUCACAAAGCUCCUCACUGAUGUGUGUUCUGUAUUGAAAAAUUUGGAG